AUGAGGGCGUCAGCAACACCCCUCGCCGUGGCGCUCGCCACCUUGCUCGCCUCACUUUCGACACUCACCACGCUCGUCUCCGCCGAGCAUGUUCGCUUCGGCCAUCACAACCGGCACAUGCUCUCCCACCGCGAUGCAUCUACCCUCACCGCCAAACAAAAGGGCAGCAAGCUAGGCUACGAGGAGCACACUACUCCAAAAGUUCCCUCUGGCGCGCGUCUCACAUCUAUCAGCGUCGGCACGGGUACGCACAAGCUCGCAGUCUACUGGACGCGCAAGCCAGCCAAUGGCAAGGCGAAGCAGGCGUUUGUCAUGAUCCAUGGCCGCAACCGAAACGGCGGGGAUUACUGGCAGACGAUGAACAGUGUGCUCAAGUCAGCGGUGAAGGACAAGUUUGCUUCGGCGGACGCGAAUGCUAUUAUUGUGGCGCCCGAGUUCUACUCGAAGAAGCUCAACUCGGGUCAGUACAAGAAACACGAGCUCGCGUGGGACGACGUCAAUGCGUGGCAGGCGGGCGAGGCUGCGAUCCACCCCAAAGGGGCUAAGGAGUCGAGUUUCGAUGCGCUGGAUGUGUUCUUUGACGAAUUUUCCAACACCACCAAGUACCCCAAACUCGAAGAGCUCGUGUUCGUCGGACACGGUGGCGGCGGGCAACUCAUCAACCGGUACGGGAUUGUUGCGAAGGACAUGUCGUCCAAAGCGCUCAGCGUCAGGUUUAUCGCCGGCGACCCAUCCUCUUCAGCAUACUUCACCGAAGACCGUCCGACAACUAACGCCGCCAUUGCAUCGAAAGCUACUUGCCCACUGUACAACACCUGGCGCUACGGCUUCACCAACUUCACGGGCACCCUCGACGGCCUCAAGACCCCGCGCCAGUACUUUGCGCAGAACGUCAAACGCGACGUGCGCUACAUUGUUGGCUACAACGACACAGCCGUCUCGGGCGACCAGUACUGCAUGGCCAUCCUUCAAGGUGGAGUUGCGCGAAGGGACCGCAACCUUGCCUGGUGGAAGUACAUCAACAUGCUGGCACGCACUAACGAGGACGUUUCGGGCCUACCAGGGAACCUGACCCGCGAAACUCUGCCCGACUGGAGCGAUUUGAGCGGCGGCAAGCUCGCACAUACACUGACGGUGAUCGAGGGCGCGACGCAUAACGCAGAUCAGGUGUUCAACAGCCAGCAGGGCCGGACGGUGCUGUUUGAGAAGCAGCAGGGCAAGGUCCAGCGGGGCUGGAGGCCGAAGGGGUAUAACGUCUCCGGAGUAGCGUCGGGGGUGUUCACGACAACGAGUGGCAGUGCGAGUGCAGCGAGGGUGACGAGUAGCGCGGGUGGCGUAAGUCAGCAACAGUCCAAUUCCCAGCCUACUUCGGGUUCGACGAGUAGCAACAAGCGCAGUUCGACGGCACUGGUGGUCGCAACGGCCAUGUUGGCCGCUGUCGCUGCUGUCGUCUGA